UUGGCGAUACAAACCAUUGCAAAAAUCAACAUAAAGCAGGAUCAUAGAAAACCAAUCUGAUCAUUUUACAUAAUAAAAUAAUACGAAUUACAUAGGCUAAUUAUUAUAAUAUUUUAUAUAGACUAAUCAUACACAUGUUAUGACAAUAAACAUACGUUUAGAACCACCAAAACAUACUCAGUACACAGCUUUCACUCAAAAACUUGUUCACUUUUCGCUAAAAAUGGAGUAAUUUGCUAAAUUUUAAGUUAUACAUUAUAUUCACAAACUAAGUGACAAUUUAAAUCAUCAAUGUUUUUUACAUCAGAAAUGAAGAUUUUUAAUAAUAUGCUGCAGUGAAAACUACCUAGCAGUUUCGCUUGAUGGAAAAUCCAACCUAGAAAGUUGAAAUGGAAAUAAUGUUUUGUUUACCUGUGAGGUUUUUAAAACAAUAUUACACUUUAUCAAUAAACAAAAAGAAUAAUGAGCGAGCCGAAUCCUUGUUAAUGAAGAUUGGCAAAUAUGGCCAGAAAUAGCAGCAAUCAAACUGAUAUUUUGAGAGAAUCGCUACAGUCGGAGAACAGAAGAGUUCUGAUGCAGUCCAAUAACUUAUCAAAUUCAAACCUGCUCAUAGUUGGUACAAACUUCAAAAUUGGACGAAAAAUUGGAAGGGGCAAUUUCGGGGAAGUUCGUAUGGGAGCCAUUCAAGUCGAAGCAUCACCAAUUACAACUGGAGCAAAAAUACUAUCGAAUGAUUGGAGCACGUGGUUGAUGGAUUCCCUAAAGUAUACUACUAUGGACAAAUCGAACAAAAGUACAAUGCCUUAGUGAUGGAAUAUUUGGGACCCUCCUUGGAAGAGCUUUUCAACAUUUGUGGACGAACUUUCACUCUAAAAACUGUUCUUCUGAUAGCAAUUACUUUGCUUUCCAGGUUCGAAUACAUCCAUGAGAAAAAAAUCAUCUACAGAGAUGUGAAACCAGAAAACUUUGUGAUUGGACCACCAUCUUCAAGGAAGGAAAAAACCAUAUUCGUGAUAGACUUUGGUCUAGCGAAAGAGUACAUUGACGAAGCAGGUGAGCAUAUCCCGUUCAGAGAGCACAAGUCGCUGACUGGCACCGCUCGCUAUAUGAGCGUCAACACCCACUUGGGUCGCGAGCAGAGUCGCAGAGAUGACCUUGAGGCCCUCGGUCACAUGUUUAUCUAUUUUCUGCGUGGAUCGCUACCCUGGCAAGGUAUUCGCGUGGAUAAUGCCAGGGAACGCUAUCGCCAGAUCAAGGAGAUCAAACGGAGUACGCCGAUCGAAGUACUGUGUGAAGGACAACCAGAUGAAAUAGCAACCUAUAUGAGGUAUGUGAAGAAAUUGGACUUUUACGAAAAACCAGAUUAUGAGUGGCUGAGGAGAAUGUUCAGAGAAUUAUUCGAAAGGAAUGGAUUUGUGGACGACAACCACUUCGACUGGUCCAACCGCCUCCACCAUUCGACAUUCGCAAACCAUAGAAGUUCCUUUCAGCACCAACAAUAAAAUAGUUUCACACUAAAA